AUGGAGGCGGACAUGCACCCAGUGGUCUAUGAGGAUGUGGCCGUGACUUUCACUCUGGAGGAGUGGGCUCUGCUGGAUCCUGCCCAGAAGAAGCUUUACCAGGAGGUGAUGCAGGAGACCAUCAGGAAUCUGGCCUUAGUAGGAAAAAAUUGGGAUGAUCAUGGCAGAGAAGAUCAGAACAAGGAGUGGAAUAAAGUAAGAUGUCACAUUGUGGAGAUAGUCUGUGGAAAUUCAGAGGUUCGUCCGAGUGAAGAAAACUUCAGCCAUAAUGAAAAUCUCAAGCCAAACAAGAAAACCCUGGCCUUAAAACCAUGUAAAAGCAGCAUUAAGGGGAAAGUCUUCGGCCUUAGCUCAUCCCUCACUCAACACGCCAGGUGUUGCACUGCAAAUCCACUAGGCACAUUGAGAAAAUAUGGAGAUAAACCAUAUAAAUGCAAGAAAUGUGAGAAAACCUUCAGGUUCCCCAUUUCCCUUUGUAUCCAUGCCAGGACCCACAGCUCAGAAAAAUGGUCUCAGUGUUGGAAAUGUGGGAAAGCAUAUAGACAUGAAACUUCUAAAAGGAACCAAGUUGGAAAGAUGCCCCAAGAGUGUAAGAAGUGUCUUGGCAUGAAGCCACACUCCAAUCUUGGAAGCCAUGAAAAGACUCUACCCGUGGAGAAGUUGUACGAAUGUGGGGAAUGCGGGAAAGGUUUUCGAGCUCCAUCAGGCCUUCGAGAACACAUGAUCUCGCACACUGCUGGUGCCUCUUAUAAAUGUGGCGAGUGCGGUAAAGCCUACAGGUAUUACAGAAGCUUAAGAGCACACAGUCAGACUCACACGAGAGAGAAACCCUUUAAGUGUCAAGACUGUGGCAAAAUGUUCACUUGUCUCAAAUACCUUCGGAAGCACCAACGAACUCAUACCGGGGAGAAGCCCUAUGAGUGUAAGGAAUGCGGGAAGGCCUUAACUUCAUCCUCAAGCCUUCGGACACAUAUGAUCAUGCACACGGGGGAGGGGCCCUACAAAUGUAAGGAAUGUGGAAAAGCUUUCCGAGCCCCCUCCAGCCUCCGAGAGCACAUGAUCACACACACGGCGGACACACCUUACACAUGUAAGGAAUGUGGGAAAUCCUAUAGGUACUAUAGUACUUUCAAGACGCACAAAAGAACUCACACAGGAGAGAAGCCCUACGCAUGCAAGAAGUGUGGCAAAGCCUUCAGUUGUCUCAAGUACCUUCGAAAGCAUGAAAGAACUCAUACCGGGGAAAAACCCUACGAGUGCAAGGAAUGUGGGAAAACCUUCACAACUUCCUCAAGCCUUCGGACACACAUGAUCACUCACACCGGAGAAGGGCCCUACAAAUGUCAGCAGUGUGGGAAGGCCCUUAUUUCUCCCAGCUCACUGCAGAUCCACCAACGAACACAUACCGGGGAGAAGCCAUACGAGUGUAAGUGUGGUAAAGCUUUUCGCUCUUACUCAAGUUUCCAAGUGCAUGAACGAAAUCACACUGGAGAGAAACCCUUCGGAUGUAGAACCUGCAGUAAAGCCUUCAGUUGCCUCCAUUACCUUAGACAGCACGAACGCAGCCACUCCGGUGAGAAGCCCUACCAGUGUCGCAUCUGUGGUAAAGCCUUCAGCUCCAGUUACGUUCAGCUCCAUGAAAGGACUCACACAGGGGACAAGCCCUAUGAGUGCAAAGAGUGCGGGAAAACCUAUACUUCUGUUUCGAGCCUCCAGAAACACGCCAUCACGCACACCGGCGAAGCACCCUACAAAUGCAAGGAGUGUGGGAAAGCAUUCCUUUCUCUCGGUCUGUUUCAGAUACAUGGGAGAACACACACGGGAGAGAAACCGUACAAGUGUCAGCAGUGUGGGAAAGGCUUCAGUACCUGCAGAGGUUUCGAAGCCCAUGAAAGGAACCAUGCUGGAGAGAAACCCUACGAGUGCAAGACGUGUAGCAAAGCGUUUAGCUGUCCCCGUUAUCUUCGGCAGCAUGAGAGAAGCCACUUAGGGCAAAAGCCCUAUCAAUGCAAGAUCUGUGGCAAAGCCUUCAGUUCCACAUACAUCAGGCUGCAUGAGAGAACACACACAGGAGAGAAGCCCUACGAGUGUAAGACAUGUGGCAAGAUUUAUACGUCCUUUUCCAGCCUUCAGAAACACAUGAUCAUUCACACAGGUGACGGGCCAUAUAAGUGUCAGGUGUGCGGGAAGCCCUUCGUGUUCCCCAGCUCUUUGCAGAAACACGAGAGAACCCACACGGGCGAGAAACCUUACAAAUGCCAGCAGUGUGGGAAGGCUUUCAGCUCUGCCUCGAGUUUCCAAGUCCACACAAGGAUCCACACCGGAGAGAAACCAUAUAAGUGUAAGAGCUGCCCUAAAGUCUUCUGCAGCUCCGUCUAUCUCCGCAAACAUGAAAGAACACACGGUGGAGGCAAAUCUCACGAUGCCAGGAACAAGGACACGCCAACCAUUCCCAUAUCCAGGUUCAAAGGCGCAAGAGCAGAAGCCACUGAAGGCGGGGAUUCUCACGUCAUCCCAGUUGUUUCUGAAGAGGUGAAGGACGCAGCAGCUAAAAUUUCUUACUGA